AUGGUGAUGGUGGUGGUGGUGGUGACAUACCUCACUAAGUUGACAGAUAUAGUCGGAGCAUUUGCAUUGCGCGGCUCGAAUCGUGCCGGCGGAGCUGGCGGCGGCCGCGAACAACACAUUUUGCCACAUUAUCUAGAUCUAGACCUGAGGGUCGAUACUAGCAGCGGCAGGCUGCCGAUAGCCGCCGUUCUCGGCGGUGUUGGCCGUUCUACUUCAUGUAUACAGUGCCUACAAACUAAUGCCGGUCGCGUGCGCGGCUCGAAGCGUGCCGGCGGAGCUGGCGGCGGCGGCGAACAACACAUUUUGCCACAUUUUCAAAAUCUAGACCUGAGGGUCGAUACUGGCAGCGGCAGGCUGCCGAUAGCCGCCGUUCUCGGCGGUGUUGGCCGUUCUACUUUACAUCUAGACCUGAGGGUCGAUACUGGCAGCGGCAGGCUGCCGAUAGCCGCCGUUCUCGGCGGUGUUGGCCGUUCUACUUUACAUCUAGACCUGAGGGUCGAUACUGGCAGCGGCAGGCUGCCGAUAGCCGCCGUUCUCGGCGAUGUUGGCCGUUCUACUUUACAUCUAGACCUGAGGGUCGAUACUAGCAGCGGCAGGCUGCCGAUAGCCGCCGUUCUCGGCGGUGUUGGCCGUUCAACUUCAUCUAUGCAGUGCCUACAAACUAAUGCCGGUCGCGUGCGCGGCUCGAAUCGUGCCGGCGGAGCUGGCGGCGGCGGCUAA